GAGGUGUCGCCGAGGCGUCCGCUUUUCGCGUUGUCAAACCGAAGCAGACCGCGUCUUCGUUGGUGCAUCAGCAGGCGUUGUCGCCGGAAGCGAAUAAUAACGAGCAUCUCCAGGAGAGCCAGCAGAUUCCCGUCGAGGCUGAAGGUAAGAAUUCCGAUCAAUCGCAAAUCUUGCCCGAUGAAAGCAAUCCAUUGGUUUCGAAUGGUUGCGUCAUCGUUCGAAGCUGUCAAACUCGAGUCACGCUCAGACAUGGCCAAGAAUCUUAUCAGAAUGCCUUAUACAACGGUGUAUCGGUUUGAACAGUUACCUACCGAGGUAAGCUGUUAUACUUUUAGCGCGAAAUACAAUUCGGUUGGAAUUUUUAUCAUGGAAAUGAAAAUAGAAAUCGUUGCAUUCAGAUGAAAGUUUAGCCCAAGUCUAGCUAGACAUCAAACUCCAGUGUUCCAAAACACGUCGGCACAAACGACCACAGGAUCACAGGGCGCAGACUGCAAUCAAUUCUAAACGCAAAUCCAAAUUAGACCGUUGUAAUCAUCGAUCGAGGGUAGCUCUUCCAAAAUUAAUGAGAAAAAUGUAUCCACCAUGCUCGACAAUCAAACCCAGCGCGUUUGGGCCGCAAAAUUACAUUUCCCUCGACCGCAUCGAACCCGUGCUCGGCUCUCCGAUCGUUUCUGCAUCCCUUGCGUCACCCCAUGACAUUCAUCCCGUUGUCGCCUGUCAUCAUGCUAUCUAUUACCUGCCUAUUAUCCCUGCACCGUGCCUGCACCGUUCACGCCCUCGAAUUCGCGUCCGAUACCUGAGUUCUCCGCGUGUCCACACGCGUGUGCGUCCACGCCUGUCAGUUUCCUCCGCUCCGUGCACCAAUCGGUCCUCGAACACGAGCCACCAUUGGCUCUGCGUGGCGAGCGCGUCAAUCUUCGCACGCACACGUUACAACGAACGUCUGUGCGCGUGUUUCCGUGCGUGCAGGUGCGUAAAGGGCGCGCAACAACGGUCGUUCAACAGUGUGUCGACCUGAAUCGGCCUAAGCGGUUUAAGCGGUAAUUGCCAGGUGAUGAGCAGGAGAGGGUUCCUUGGGGCGGUGUACUUAGUGUCUUGUUUUGAGGCUUGGCUACUAAGGGGUGGAUACGGGGCGAUGAAGGUCGAGACGCUUCGAUUCGACGACUCUCAAGGUGGCUGUAACGUGCGUUUGAUGUUCCCCAGAUUGUGGGCCCCCUUUGGAAACGCUACAGAGGUCACGAACUUACCACCCUUGCACAAGAGUCAUUCAGAACGACUGUCGUUCGGAGUGGGUCGGCUGGUGGGUUCCCCGGCAACGAGUCCCUCUCCGUCGCAUUCUCCCUGUCCAGAUUCGCCGCCGUCGGAUCGACGAGACGGCGAUGUCGACGUCGACGUCGACGAGGAGGAAGUGGACGUGGACGUCGAGGAAGUCGAGGACGAUCGCGACGCCGCGUCGAGUCCGCCCCGAUCGUCGACGACGCCCUCGCCAACGAGCAUCGCGACGUCACCCGCUUCGAACCCGCCCAAGAAGUCUGGCGACACUUUCAGCGUUUCCGCCCUGCUCAGGCCUGAUCCGCCAUCCGCACACCUGCAGAACGCCUCUCCUCAUCGGGACACAGCGUCAAUCGGCGGGCACCCGCCGCCUCCUGGUUCCACGAUGCUCUAUCCGCCCCUUCAUCUUCAGGGUGGACUGCUGCCGCCCCAUCCCCAUCAUCCUCUCUCGUACCUGCACCCUCAGCUGCUGCCUCAUCAUUUGUUACCUCCGCACCUGCACCCGCUGCUACGAGGCGUUCAUCCGGGUCACCCUGGUCUGCACUCGACCCACACGGCGCACGGGCUUCAUCAUCCUCAUCCUCUCGGCGACGUUUACAGCUGCGUCAAGUGCGACAAGAUGUUCAGCACCCCUCACGGCCUCGAGGUGCACGCAAGGAGGUCACACAACGGGAAGAGACCCUUCGCCUGCGAGCUCUGCAAUAAAACCUUCGGCCAUGAAAUCAGCCUUACGCAACACAGAGCCGUGCAUUCCGCGGAGAAGGUGUUCGAGUGUAAGCAGUGCGGUAAAGCGUUCAAGCGCUCCAGCACUCUGAGCACUCAUCUCUUAAUCCACUCGGACACGAGGCCGUACCCCUGCCAGUUUUGCGGGAAGAGAUUCCACCAGAAGAGCGACAUGAAGAAACACACCUACAUACACACCGGCGAGAAGCCGCACAAGUGCCAGGUAUGCGGCAAAGCGUUUUCACAAAGCAGUAACCUGAUCACGCACUCCAGGAAGCACACCGGGUUCAAGCCCUUCGCCUGCGAGCUUUGCGGUCGUGCUUUUCAGCGAAAGGUUGACCUGAGAAGGCAUCGAGAGACCCAGCACGCCGAUCUGAACGCUUCCCAACGACCCGCGAUCGGUGCCAUUCCUGGACAAAAUUCUCUGCCCAAUGGCAACCCUUCUAUGAUGCAGUGAAGGACGCUCGAACGAUAUUCGAAUAAACAGUGAACCUCACCCUCCGAGGGGGCAAGUUGAGAGCGUAUGUAUCGGAACGCGCGAAACGUUCCUUUUGGUGCAAUCGACGAACUCGUUGGACGUCGAUAGAUCUCGCAUCCCUUCGUCGUCGAACGUGAACGCGAACAUUCCGUUGGGAAGCGUGUACAUCGACUUUGUACAUUGAACGGACUCUAUAUUUAUUAUUUAAGCGUCGAACUACGGAAGGUUCGACAGACGAACGCAAGGAGUAGCUGGCUCAUUUUUUACCCAUGAUCAGAUUUUUACUUGUGAGGAAGGAAACAGGAAGUAUUAAGAAAUGUUUAGAUAAAAUUUGUUUACCGACAAGCAGUUUAGGGUCUUCUAAUCAUGCUUUGCUAUCGAAGAAAACAUUUUUGACCCGUUUAGAUUUCCAACAAAAUGGAAAGUGGUCGAACACGUGCAAAUCAUUCCCUCAAUUUUAAAAUGUUGCAGCACAAUUUUCUUUUUUGAAUUACAUUUAUUAUUCAUUCUCUAACUUCAAGAAAAAUAUUCUCUUCCUCUUCUUCGUCGGUGAUAAUUUUAUUUGUGAUUCAUUUUCUAAUUUCUUUUAAAACACUUUUUAUUUCGAUUCAUCAUUCGAUAUAAUUAAAAAAGCAAUCGUGACCAAUGUCUUAUAAAAUUGAAUACAUUUAUAGUUGCGUGCAAAAGUGUUUGGACAGAUAGAUUUUCCACAUUGUAUUCCGAAAGCGAUAUCACAACUUGGUACAUAUACAUAUAGUUCCGAAAUAGUAAAUAGAGUUUAUUUUUUUACACUGUUUUCUUUUAAUUACUAUACUUUUCUACUUAAUAUUAGUUAACCUCUUGAUGGACAUUGGCACAUACAUGUACGUUUAUUUUCUGAAUUCUUGUGUAUAUUAUCGCGUGAAAAUAGUUAUUAGAAACGUAGAAAAAUAUUUACAAUUUAAUUUCCAGUGUUAUAAUACAACAACAUCGUCACGAGAUUGAUAGAUGUUCUAGAUAAAUAUUAACUGGAAAUUUUGUUUAUUUCUAAUAAAGUAAUUCGUCACUCAAGAGGUUGAAAUUACUUUAGAUAUCACUUUCGGGAUAUAAAGUGGAAAAUCUAUCUGCUCGAAAGCUUUUGCACGUCACUGUAUAUCACCUUCGGUUGACUUCUGACACAAUAUAAGUCCUGGUUUACAAUUUUCACGUGAAAUAUGGGUAAAAAUUGACCUAACUCCGCUGGCGGACGAUUAAUUUGGCUGCAUAGAAUGUAACCAAAGAUUCCGUAAUGUUUUCCCUGCGUGGAAAACGAACGUAAGACGCGCGUAAAUGAUACGCAUUAUUGUUACCAAAGCUGUACAUUCCAUGCGCGAUUCGAGCAAGAAAGUAUGGGACAGAAUAGAAUUUUCGACGAUCCUUUUUCUUGGGCGAAGCACGAUAUUACUCAUCGACAUUGUUUCCGCGAUUUUUCGGUGAAAUCGUUGUAGAGACUUUUUAGCGGAUCUUCGAAUGAUUCAGAAAGUCGACGAUCGAAGAAGUUUCUUUGUUUCGAGCGUCGCUACUCUCCGUGUUGAAUCGUUUGUUAAAUACCGAUAAUCAAUCACUGUACUUCUCUUAUUAAGUAAACGUUUACACGUGGGUUUUCGCGACGAUUGAACGAGUUCUAAAUUAAAUCACGCUACCGAAUUGCACUUUAUUCGAGUCUUCUUGAAUUUGACAAACUGUUACGUUACAUCGAACGUGGCGAAAGUGAAUCUAAUCUCACGUCUCCGGUUUGAUUUUCAAGAGAGCGACAAAUUUCAGUUAAUACUCGUUCGAUCGUCGUUGAUCGACUCCGUGUAAGAAAGUACGAUCAAAGCGUACUGUAUUUUGCAUAUCUCCCGCACCUAUCGUUCAAGAAAGGGCAUCUCCUACCCCAAAGUUGCAACUGUGACCAAAAAAUACUUGUAAAUAAAAUAGCACCGUAUCUCGCCUAGCCUAAGCGUAUAAAUAUAUACAUAAUAUAAAUACGAGUAUAAAUACAAAACGAGUCGAGGCUAUAAAUAUUAUAAAUAGAGACGAAACACGCGUUAGAGGGCCGAUUUAUUCCAACCAGAGUGGCGCAACGUCCCUGCUCCCACCGGAAGUCUCGCCAAAGAACAAGUAAUUGUAUUCUUCCUCUCUUCUCGCUACCAAAGUUUUUAUUGUUGUACCAUUACUAUCAUUAUGUAAUUAUUGUAAUUAGAAGACUCGCUAUUAAUAUUAUUGUCAUUAUUACUAUUAGUUAUUAUUAUUAUUAAUAAAUGCUGUUACAAUUUGUAAUUCAUUCUCAGUGACACGAUCAAUCCCUUUCAUUCGAGAAAAUACGAUCAUCGACGCACUGGAUCGAGCUGCAAGUCAAUACGCAAGAAUUUCGACGAAGUUUAUAUCAUCGUUAUCUGAAUAAAAACAGAAUUUAU